GUCCAGCUCAGGCUGCAAUGCCCCUGCCAUGCCCUGAAGGUACCAUGAACAAUCUGAAUGGGGCACUGUCCCCCGCUGCAUGCAAAUUGUGUCCAGUGGGGAGGUACUGCAGAGGGGAUGCUAACUGGGAACCAGAUGGUCUGUGUUCAGCUGGAUAUUACUGCUCAGGAGGAGCUGCCGAUGCCAUCCCACACAGGACACCCAGGCUCCCACUCAAUGGGCCCUGUCCACCUGGACACUACUGUCCGGAGGGCACUCAGUUCCCAGUCGCCUGCCCAGUGGGCACCCUGAAUAAUGCCACAGGUGGCUCCUCCCAGGACAGCUGUGUGCCAUGCUAUCCUGGAUUCUUCUGUGCUAGCAUCGGUCUGAGCUCACCUACAGGACCCUGUGCUGCGGGUUUCUACUGCCCAGCGAACUUCAGCUCCUUCAGCCCCACCGCAUUCCUCUGCCCCAAGGGUCACUUCUGUUCCUCUGGGUCUGUCCACCCAGCCCCAUGCCCCACUGGGGAAUACCAGCCAAACAGGGGUUCUGAGUCCUGCAUUCCUUGCCAACCAGGCUUCUACUGCCAAGAGGCAGUUGCAGGAGACCCCCAACCCUGCCCUCCACACACCUACUGUCCUGAAGGUACACUGGUUCCUGCUCCGUGUCCUGAUGGCACAUUCACCCCUCCAGACAUGACUGGCCUCAGGGAGGAGAGAGAAUGUCUGUCCUGUUCACCCGGUCACUACUGCAGGGGCGGGCGGCUGGAGGGGAAGUGUGCUGCUGGGUACUUCUGCCAGGCCGGGAGUUCUGAGUCUACUCCCCAGGGCCAUGACUUUUCCUGGAGCUCCCUGACUGAAUGCCGCUGGGGGCAAGUGCGUGCGGGUCUCUGCCCAGCAGGUUUCUACUGCAAGGAAGGCUCCGAGGUGCCCACACCAUGCCCCCCCAACACCAUUGGAGCUGUCCCAGGGGCGAGGCGGAGAGAGGACUGCCUGCCCUGUCCACCUGGCCACUGGUGUAAAGCAGGGGAUCCAGUGAGCUACCCAUGCCCCCCUGGACACUACUGUGGCGGCGUGAAUCUCACCGACCCCGUCACUCUCUUGGCACCUCAGCAAUGCCCCGAGCACACUUACCGCCCAGCCCCAGGGGCACAGAGCCUGGCAGAUUGCCAGCCUUGCCCCCCAGGUUAUCUCUGCCAAACACCAGGCCUUACCAGUUUUGAGGACUACCCCUGCCCCCCCGGAUAUUGGUGCCCAGGUAAAGGGGACAGGUUUUUAUGCCCACCUGGUACCUUCAGGACCCAGCCUGGUGCAGCAUCUUUGGAAGAGUGUGACCCCUGCUCUCCUGGCUGCUAUUGCCCGGACCCAGCAGAGACGGGGCUGCCCAAUGUCCAAGGAGCUCUUUGCCAACCUGGCUACGAGUGCCCACCAGGUUCAGUGAAUCCAACCAUAUGCAGGGGUGGCUCCUAUUGUGGGCUCCACACAGGGGUCCCUUCCAUGUGUCCAGGUGGAUAUUAUUGUCCGGAAGGAUCAUCCAAGUACAACACCGCUGAGCAGCUGUGUGUGUUCCCCUAUUACUGCCCCCCAGGCAGUGCCCAUCCACUGCUCUGCAAGGGAGGGUACACAGCCCUGAAUGUGACUGGCCCAAGGGACUCCUUUGAGAAAUGCUGCAGGAUUUGCGAUCCGGGCACCUACCGUAGUGACUCCCUCAUCAGCCCAUCCUGCGAGCCCUGCCCAUCAGGCUUCAGUUGCCCACAAGGCAGUGCAAGUUAUCUCCAGCAGCCCUGCCCCAGGGGGUAUUACUGCCCUCUCCGGGCACCUGCACCCAUGCCCUGCCCCCCAGGGACCCACGGGAACAGCAGCUUGGCAAAGCAGCCCAAGGAAUGCCAUGCCUGUCCUGCCGGCUCCUUCAACCACCUCUAUGCUCAGACAGGGUGUUUCCCCUGCGGGAGCUCUUCCUUCUCACAGCCAGGGGCUAGCAGCUGUAGCUGCCAUGGGCUGAACCGGGCUUUUCAGGAGUCAGAUGGCUCUUGUGUCUGCCAAGCAGGGUACGUUUACUAUGAUGAGAGAGGCAAGAAAAAUUCUGACACCAACAGUGACCAAGACUGCCAGCCUCAGGUGGAGGAGCGCUGUGCUCCUGGGGAAGUCCGUCUGGCAUCCACACGCAAAUGCAUUUCCCCCGAACUAUAUGACUGCUCUCCCUUCUGUGGUAUGCUGGGCGGAGAACUCAGUGCAGAGUUGGGCAUGUGUCGUUGUGAGCAGUACAUCUCUGCCGAAGAGCUGUGCGACCGAGAGUGCUUGCUGAACACCCCACAGAUCUCUCUGAGCCUUGGCAUCCAUUCAGAGCUCCUCCUGAGUGUUGAAGAAGGAGAGGACAGAGAGGUGACAAACAUUCUGGGCCCAGAUGAACAUGUGCAGAAGAGCCAGCAGGUGCAUUUGGUUCUGUUUGGCUCCACUGGGGUAUUUGGUUUCAUUAUUUCCAGCACAGACAUGCUGGAUACAUUCCUCACAGACCGCACUUCCAGCCACUACCCCAUCUAUCAGAAGGAGCAUCUGUACAACAGCAAUCCUGGCUGGGAUUUUGGUCAUUUCCGAAGACUGGACCACCUUAUUCGGGAGACUCACCUCAACAUCUCCAGGUUUGCCCAUGUUUUCCUAGAUCCUGGGAGAUAUGUUUUCAGGGAUAGCACCAUCCAGGAACGUAUCUUGAUCGUGGUUGUGAACGAGGAGAACAUGGGCUGUGACCCUGUCAGCGCUUCCUUCCAGCCCUCCUCUCCAUACCAGCUGGCCAGGCAUGGGGUUCUGAAACAUCGGGCACUAAAUUUAGCCCCUGACUGGGCAACUAUCUCAGCAGUGCUUUUUGUCCUGGGCUUCUUGACGGUUGUGCUGAUGACCCUGGCUAUCAUGCUGAGGCCCCACAUUUCCAACCCCAGUCCUAUGAACAACUGGAAGCCACGGUGGAGGAGCCUGGGUGAGCCACACAUCCCACCCGAGUACAUCCUCAUUAAAGACAGCCUUCAGUUCUAUGAAGCCCUCGGUCCCCAGGGUUCUGGAAGAGGAGCUGAUGGUGGAGAGAAAGGAGUUAUCCAUGGUCCAGGCGAGCAGCCCGCACUGAGGGACCUGGAAGAUUUCAGCGUCCGCACCCUAUAUGAUAAACUGGAGGACCAAAACCUUCACCUGGCUUCUCAGAUGGCAAAACACAGGAUGGAUGUGUUGGCCUUUUACAGGGGGAUCUGCCAGAGGAUCCAGGGGCUGAUGGACAUGGUGCAAACUCUGGACUCUGAUGAGCUGAAAGACCUCUCCAAGCAAAGCAUCUCUGUGCAUAGAACCCAGGGGAGCACCCAGGCAGCCAUGGGCAUUGGGCAACAUGACGAAGUGACCAGCAGAGACUUUCAAGCAAUGGGCCACACAGGUGCUGAGUGGCGGGAGGCAACUGAAUUAAUGAAAGCUCUGAAAAUCCUGCUUGGUAAAGUCCAUUGUGGGAAGACAAUUGUGAAGCAAGAGCCAGCACAGCAUGUACAGGGACAGGAUGGGACAGCAGAAUCCAGCCUGGCCAGUCAAAGGAAAGCAGGAGCAGAGCGAGGGCAGGAUCCUGGCGGGCUCCAGCAGCAUGGACGCUCCAAUAGGAAAGGCCCCUUUGUCACUUGCGAAGAACUAGGGCUAGGUCCUCAGCCUGGUAGGGCCACACUGGCCUGUCUGACUGAGCUUGAGGUGGAGAGUCUAAUGGCAACUUCCCCCCUCACCAGGACCCUGCGUGAGAUCAGGCAGGCUUUGGAGAAGCAGCAGCAGUGUCCUAUUGUUUCUGCUGCAGAGGCAUAUUUGAGUGACAGUUCUCCAAGGUCCACCAGGAAUUCACUGAUCACCACAGAUCUGGCCAGCUUGUCCCCUCGCCAGUUUGUUGUUUACCGCUUUGGCUGCACUGUGAUUCGCCUGCUAAGCAGGGCCUGCUCCCACCCAGCUGUGGUACUCAUGUUGGCUCAGACAGUCCCAGACCAAAGUUACCAAAGGGUCCAAGAGGCUCUCCAAAGCCCUGGAGAUUCCUACUAUGAUGCUACCAACAGGUUCCUGUAUAUAUGUUCAGCACGCCUGGAGAAUGCCGGGGAAUUUAUAGCCAUCCUGUUGAAUGCCAUGGCAUGGAUCAAAGCAGGAUCGACAGCAGCUGCCAGUGCUCAUUCUUGCUUUCAGAUAGAACUCAACAGAGGCAUCACAGCUCUGGCCAAUGCCUUUUUCCAGUGUUCCUGGGGAGCAGUAGAGAAGGAUCCUGCAGAAGACAAACCAUCCACAUGCUUUGACUCCCAGACAAUAUUUGAAGAACUUCUGAGCAUCCGAAUGUCACCAGAUCCCCAAUUCCUUGAGAAAUCCCAACAUGAGAGAUUGCAACAUUACCGAUGUUUUCAGCUUCGGGCGGAGAUUCAAGAUAUGAUGCAAAGUUCAGGGAGAAAAGGAGCAAUGAAGUGGAGUGGUGAGAGCAAUAAGAGAAAUGCAGAUUCCUCUGGCAUUGAGGUUGCGAAGCUGGAGAAGAUGCUGGAUGGGCUAAAUGAGGAGUUCUUCCAGCUUACAGUGCAGGCCUUGACAAGCCAGAAGGAGGAAGAACUACUGGACCAGAAGCUCAGAAUCCAGGAGGAAUCAUUUGCGACACUGGGCAGGAUUCAUGAGGAGGAAGCACAACACUUCACAGAGCAGCUAGAAUCCUGGGCCGCGAAGAGAGACCAGGCCCAGUUGCUGGAAAUUAAGAGGAGCUGUGUUGCUCAGAGAAUUAAAGACACAGAAUCUGAGCUGUUUCAUCUUCUGCAAACCACAACGGCUACCAGCUCAUCUCCUGAAGGACUCCAGCAAUCCUUUUGUACCAGCUAAAAGCAUCCAACUGAUGAUGUUCCAUCAUUGCUGGGGCGAACAGCACUGUGCACCAAAUUUCCAUGGGACAGUCAUACAUGUACAUACACACAGUGACAUGCAUAUAUGAGGAUACACAACCUUCAAUACGCACACAUGCAUGUUUUGGGUUAUUUGGGCACAUAUCAGCAGAUAAAUACAUGCACAGAAACAAAGACACUAAUGAAUAUAGUUUGAUACAAAUACAUAUGUUCAUGAACAGACGCACAUGUACAGAGGAGAUGUUCAUAUGCACACUGAUUGAUGCAUGCUGUAGUUCUGACAUAUAUACAUUCUUUACAGCUGUGAAGGCAUAGACUCAAAUGUAUUCCUACUGGCUGUUAAUCAUCCAUAAUUAUGCAGGGCUGAAAAUGAUAUCAAUGUUCUUAAUUUGGUUCACUGGUUCUGAAUGUACCACUCUCAAUAAGUGAGACAAAAAGUGAGUAAGAAAUUAAACUCUUCACAUACAUUGUAGGAAAUCCCUGCCCAUCAGCAAAAUAAAUUAUGUGCCUCUCAUGCAGGCUACACCCUUAAGGUUAUUUGUUUUCCUGGAAAAAAGGUUGCUUUCAUCCUACCUGGUCUGAUUUUUAAUAGCUUAGGAACAUUAACUCAAGCAGUAAUGUCAGUUCCAAGAAGUGUGGAUCAGGAAAUACCAAAGACAUCUGUGAGGAUAUUGCGAUUGUUGCCCCUCAUGCUGAAUUUCAUAGGCCUGUUAUCAAAUGGCUAAUUAAUAAUAAAACUUGGCCCUUUCCAUCCAUGGAUCUCAAAGCAAUUUACGUUGGAAUGGUGAAAUUCAAACAUAGAAAGAAAAAAAUGUUUUAAAAGGUA